UAACCCAACCAAAGCUACGCAUGGGGACGAUUUUUCUCCGAAGUGGGUGGCGCUCCUUUCACUUUCAGGAAGUACAGCAGUGAGGAAAAAAGUACUUGUUUGUUAUCUGUCAACUUGGUCAAGUCACAGGGAAGUUCGCAGCCAACGGUCUUGUGACCGACUCCGCGGAACAGAGCAAACUAUAUUAGCAGGUCAAACAUGGAGGAGACCGGCGCUGCGAGUGCCUACGGAGCUUCGCUUGCAGGAGGCGGAUUCGACUUUCAGAAGUUUGUCCGACAACCGCAGACAAUCGUUCGGUUUCUGAGUUGGAUCUUUUCCAUCGUGGUGUUUGCCACCGUGACGGCGGAAGGAUACGUCAACUCCCACCAGAGCGCCGACACAAAGUGCAUCUUCAACCAGAACGACUCUGCGUGUCAUUACGCCGUGGGUAUCGGGGUCAUCGCCUUCAUGGCCUGCGUGGGGUUCGCCAUGGUGGACGCGUACCUGCCUCUGAUGAGCAGCGCCCAGGAGAGGAAGUACUCCGUCAUGGCCGACCUGGCCUUCUCAGGGGCGUGGACCUUCCUGUGGUUUGUGUGUUUCUGCCUGCUGGCGAGCCAAUGGGGUCGCACGGAUAACAUGAGUGGAAUCCCCCAGGAUGCGGCCCGCGCCACCAUAGCCUUCUCCUUCUUCUCUAUCGCCACCUGGGCGAUCCUGACCUACUUUGCUCUGGGUCGGUACCGCCAGGGCGUGGACACCCUCGCCCAGAACUACGCCAACGCCCCCCCGGACCAGAUCACCCCCUACCCCCCCACCUACGCCCCCACCACCUACGCCCCCACCACCUACGACCCCAGCACCUACGCCCCCACCACCUACUCCGCUUACCCCACCAGCGGCCCGGACGACUACCAGAAGCCCCCCUUCGCCCCCCAGAGCCAGCCCCAGGGAGACAUGGGGUACCAGCCCCCGAACUACUGAGCCUUGUCGGGGGGGAGAGAGGGGGUGGAGAGGGGUGGAGCACAGAAGGAGCCCCAGGGUUUUGCGGUAACGCGAAAAUGCGUCCUUGUUCCCUGCCUUGUUUGAGGUCAUACCUGAUUGUAAGGUGAUUGGAUGGGUGAAAGCGAGCAGCGUUCUAUUGGGACGAUCACUAGUCUUUGAUUAUCUGAUCAGGGAUUUCUCAAAAGUAAGAGAGAGGGGGGGAUGGAGGCGUUUGAGUAGGGCAGGGGGAGGGGCUAGGGGAAUGUUUGGUUAUAUGUUGGUGGUGAUCAGAGGUCACAUGGGUGGGACAAUGAAGAUCAGCCAAUGAAAAUGCUCUGGGAAGUGUUCUAUACCUUUUUCUUUUCUGUGUUCAGAACUCAGAAGCCAAUACCUGCAUUCCGGAAGAGGAAUGCGUAUCUGUACAUACGCCAACCGCUAUUUUUUUGAAUUUUGAAUGGCUGUGUGUGUGUUUUAUUUUUAUUUUUUUAAGGUUGUUUUUUUAUUUUGGUUUAAUUUUUUUGGGCACUUCUGUAGACAACUUACAAGCACAAUAUUUGAUUAAAUGUCCCAAAAAUAUGUUUAUUUAAUUCGAUUUCACCAAAUCACUUUAGUGGGAAACUACUGAAUGCAAUUGGGAAAAUACCAACUGCGCAAUUAAACUCAAUGUGUCUCUUUUACCCUGUGACACCUGCCAGGCUGUUUGUCCCUCAUCAGCAGCCGUAGUUACCAUAAAGACUGUGUUGUUGUAUGUAAACAACUCGCUCUGAAAGCCAGACUCAACCACACGGUUGACACGGAAACGGACAAACUGACAGUUGAAGAGGGGAGGCCUAGCCUGUCUUAGUUUGAAUACUGAGAAUCAAACACCAUUUGCCUUGAAUGAGGUAACAUCUGAUCUAGCGUAACUGAAUAGGUAAAAGCAUUCUGUCUUCCUCCCAGCUCAGGAGGAUCCCGUUGUGUUAGAUCAGUUGUUAUUUCUGUCGAGGAGGAGUGGAAGGAAGGUUGUGUUUUUCUAAGACUUUCAAAUGGGACACAACAGAAGAGCCUCGCUUGAACUCCGCAGGAAACAGCUUAACCUUGUUGUGACUGUGGUUAAACCCUCCAGCAGCUACGACAGCCUGGGUCCUAGAGCCCACCAGUUUACUCUUCCCCCAGACAAAAACAACUAGUAACUGGG